UCCCACAAAUUUCAGGCUCGGCCAAGUUUUAUAAUAUCAACGGUGUGAACGGUACACGAUUUUUAGUAGUUCGUUUAUUUUGUUCAUGAAAGUACUGCGGAUCGCGGAACGAUCGUGCCGCGAACUCUACAAUGGCGAAUUGAGAUUACGAAUGUACUUCGUGCAGAGAUGUGGGUGGAUAGGAUGGAAUAAAUAAGAACACCAGCAGAUAACACCUAGGAGGCCACAAUCCGGAAGACUGAAACCAAUCUACUUAAAGCUAAUACUGUGAUAGUAAGAGACGAGAAUUUUACAUAAAUUAGUUCGAGCCCAGCAUCCCUCAAGAUGGAUUUCCUCUCGGAAUUCGACGAAGAAAUGGCUGUAAACGACACGUACAACCUCAAGUUCGGCAACAAGGUGCAACGAGUGGGCAAGAUUUUCUCCUACACAUUCUGGAGAACCAAAAUCGACGGGGAGAUUUUCUGGAGCGUGCAGGGCAACAACAACGACGGCUCAGCCUGGAUAGUCACCCAGUAUUUCGGCAAGCCAGAAGAAGCUAAAAGAUACCAGCAGGAGGUGAUCCUGCACCAUCCGAGCGAAAAGAAGAUCAAGAUGGUAUACAGUUCUCCUUGCACCAAAGGGAUGAAUUGCAUUAAAGUAUCCAGAGCGAUAGUGUGCCACUUCAGGGACGAGACCAACAGUUUGAACUUCGAGUUCAGAAUCACCAGGUUGAAGCGACGGCCAUAUCCCCAGAAAACUAUGUGGUAAAGCGCAGCUAACUGAAUUUUUCUUUAGUUAGAUCAGCUAGGGAAUGUGGCCAAAUGAAAUUCCCGUAGCUGACAGGGCACAUUAAGUUAAGACUUUUCCUGUUAUCGCCGAGUUGAAAUCUCAGCAGAACACCUGAUCCAUAACCAACGAACGCCCAUCUUUACCUCCGUGGACCCAUUAGAAAACCGCUCUAAUCCAAAAGUUUAUGUCGUUAUUGCCUCUUCUGGAAGAAGUCUAGCGAUUGGACGGUUCCACACACUCAAAACUGCUCCUGUUUUCUCAGCAAAACACUUGGAAGUAUGUUUUGGAAGCUGGCAAAGUAGGCCACAGUUAAAUGAAUUUGUUGAUGCUUAGCACCAGUCGCUUUGUAACACUAACAGACUUUUACUUACGGUUCAUUAAGUUGUGACAUAAAAACGAUUAUGUUUUAAUUACAAAACUGUGUUACUUUACCAUUGAAAUAAUGGGCUUUUUAGUGGCGAAACGAAAGUAUUUUUGCUACAACGUGUCCUAAAUUUGGAAGGUACCAAUAACCAAUAAAGCAGGUAGUGGUCCCAUGCUAUAAUCACUUAUUAUACAAUACACUUUUUUAUGCCUAGUGAUCUCUUGUUACGCUUUCAAACGUGUGCUAUUUUUAGUGUUUAAUUCGUUUUUUUGUUCAUCAAAGUUACCAUUUUAUACACGGUAGUAUAGGCGCUAUUUUAUACUUUAGCAGUAUGUUGAUAAAUGCAUGCUUUAAGUAUACAACGGAAAUGGUUUGGAUAAGUUUAUGGUGGAUACACUGGGCUGGAUAGAGAUGUAAAACAUUCAGUAUUUAUAGAAGAGCAAUAAAGUUAAUGUUGAAGACCA